AGGAAUCACCACUACCACCCUCUUCGUUGCCUGUACAGCCACUCGCGCCUCGUUACCAGCUCAACGCUUCAUCUUUCGAUACUCCUGUCUGUUUGUUUCUUUUUCUUCUACAGCUAACGAAGCCGCACUCAGCAAAAAGCAUGGCCGAUGAGCGCUUCGACUCCAUGCUGCUGGCCAUCGCCCAGCAGCAGCAAGGCAUCGACGGCAUCCUCGACACCUUCUUCUCCUUCCUCAGUCGAAAGACGGACUUCUUCACGCAGUCCGACAUGGCGCGCCGCAGCGUUCAGCAGGUGAUGGACCGCUACAUCGCCGUCGCCGAGGCGCAGCAACAGCAGCAUCGUGCGAAGGAGGCCGAGGCAGCGGCAGCAGCGCAGAAGCAGCAGCAGCAGUCCGGCCAUCCGACCUCCUCCCGCGUCGAAGUCCUCCACGACGAGGACGAUAUGAACGCGGCGGCGGCGGCAAAGGCUGCACAGGCGGCAGCAGAGCGCAAGGCGCAGCUGGAGAAGACACAGAAGGCCGUCGAGGAGGCGCAGGCGAAGGUCAAAAAGGAGGGGAACGACGACGACGGCGAAGCAGCGGCGAAGGAGGCCUUUGCGGACACAGGGGACGCCCCGCGUGGUCUGCCGCCAACCCCCGACAACGGUUAUGCCUAUGAAAAGUACAUCUUCUCCCAGUCGCUGCAGGAGGCGGAGGUGCGGGUGCCGCUGCCGGCCACUAAUGUCCGCGGUAAGCAGCUGACCGUCGUCAUCACCGGCACCCACCUGACGGUUGGGAUGAAGGGGCAGUCACCUAUUGUCGACGGCGACCUCUACGCCACGGUGCGCGCGGAGGAGUGCAUGUGGACGAUCGAGGACGGCAACACCGUGGUGAUCACCCUGUACAAGCAGAACACGAUGGAGUGGUGGAAGACGAUCUUCAUCGGGGAUCCGGCGAUUGAUCUGCAGAAGGUGAUGCCGGAGAAUUCGAAGCUGGACGACCUCGACGCCGACACCCGCCAGACGGUGGAAAAGAUGAUGUACGAUCAGCGGCAGAAGAUGAUGGGCAAGCCCACCUCCGAUGAGCAGAAGAAGCAGGACAUGCUGCAGAAGUUUAUGGCGGCGCACCCGGAGAUGGACUUCUCGAACGCGAAAUUCUCGUAA